CCCUGAUAGUAGUGUUUGGCAGUGAGUUAACUGAUGGGACUGAGAGGGCAUUGGAGGGGAUACGCUACAUACAGAGGAGCAAAAGAAGAGGAAAAGUGUUUUAACGACGCAUUGAAACAUACUUGGACAUUUUUUUCCCGCAGGGAACUCUUCCCCACUCGCCCAUUGUAGGAUUUGCAUUUUGCGCAGUUUUACACUCAUUUUGGAAACGUCACGUUGGAUUGUAGCUAGCUCGCUAGCUGGCUAGCUAAGUACCUAACUUGCAGCAUCAGAUUUAAAGACCUUGAGGCGAAGAUGCCUCUGGCACAGCUGGCGGACCCAUGGCAGAAGAUGGCCUUGGGGAAUGCGGAGAGUGAGGUCUUGGAUGAGUCCAUGGGAGAAGAUGAGAUGCUGGCGUGCAGCGAUGAAGGAUCAGUGAAGGAGAUCAGCAUCACACACCAUGUAAAGGAGGGCUCUGAGAGGGCUGAUCCACGGCAGUUUGAGCUCCGUAAGGUCCUGGGACAGGGCUCAUUUGGGAAGGUGUUCCUGGUCAAGAAGAUAACAGGACCAGAUGCUGGGCAGCUUUAUGCUAUGAAGGUGCUAAAGAAGGCUACCCUGAAAGUUCGAGAUCGGGUUCGGACCAAAAUGGAGCGGGACAUCCUGGUGGAGGUGAAUCACCCUUUCAUUGUCAAGCUGCACUAUGCAUUUCAGACAGAAGGGAAACUCUACCUGAUCCUGGACUUCCUGCGUGGAGGAGACCUUUUCACUCGCCUGUCUAAAGAGGUGAUGUUUACAGAGGAGGAUGUGAAGUUCUACCUGGCAGAGCUGGCCCUGGCCCUGGACCACCUGCACAGCCUGGGUAUCAUCUACAGAGACCUCAAACCUGAAAACAUUCUGCUGGAUGAAGAAGGGCAUAUCAAGCUGACAGACUUUGGGCUGAGUAAGGAGUCUAUUGAUCACGAGAAUAAGGCCUACUCCUUCUGUGGUACGGUGGAGUACAUGGCACCGGAGGUUGUGAACCGCAGAGGCCACACCCACAGUGCUGAUUGGUGGUCCUACGGUGUGCUUAUGUUUGAGAUGUUGACCGGAACACUACCUUUCCAAGGAAAAGACCGCAAAGAGACCAUGACCAUGAUCCUUAAGGCUAAACUGGGAAUGCCACAAUUUCUGAGUCCAGAGGCACAGAGUCUCCUACGGAACCUGUUCAAACGCAAUCCUGCCAACAGACUAGGGGCUGGCCCAGAUGGAGUGGAAGAGAUCAAGAGACAUCAGUUCUACUCCACCAUAGACUGGAAUAAAUUAUUCAGGAGAGAAAUCCAUCCUCCCUUUAAACCUGCAAGCGGAAGACCUGACGACACAUUCUACUUUGACUCAGAAUUCACGGCAAAAACGCCCAAAGACUCGCCUGGUGUGCCACCCAGUGCCAACGCUCACCAGCUCUUCAGGGGGUUCAGCUUUGUGGCCAUCAGCUCAGAGGAGGAGGCUCAGCCCUUGCAGAGCUCAAACAUGAACUCCAUCGUACAGCAGCUGCACAGGAACACUGUGCAGUUCAGCGAUGCGUACGACGUUAAGGAGGACAUCGGCGUCGGCUCCUACUCCAUCUGCAAGCGCUGCAUCCAAAAGAGCACCAACAUGGAGUACGCUGUGAAAAUCAUCAACAAGGCCAAGAGGGACCCGACUGAGGAGGUGGAGAUUCUGCUACGCUACGGACAGCACCCCAACGUCAUCACGCUAAAGGAUGUGUACGAUGACGGGCGCUCUGUCUACCUUGUGACAGAGCUGAUGAAAGGGGGGGAGCUGCUGGACAAGAUUCUGCGGCAGAAGUUCUUUUCUGAGAGGGAGGCCAGCGCAGUCCUCCACACCAUCACUAAGACUGUGGAGUACCUGCAUGUACAGGGAGUGGUACACAGGGACCUGAAGCCUAGUAACAUCCUCUACGUUGAUGAGUCUGGGAACCCAGAGUCCAUCCGAAUUUGUGACUUUGGCUUCGCCAAGCAACUUCGGGCUGAGAACGGUCUACUUAUGACCCCCUGCUACACAGCUAACUUUGUUGCUCCAGAGGUGUUGAAGAAGCAGGGCUAUGAUGCGGCCUGUGACAUCUGGAGCCUCGGGGUACUACUGUACACCAUGCUGACAGGGUUCACUCCUUUUGCCAACGGGCCGGACGACACCCCGGAGGAGAUCCUGGCCCGGAUCGGCAGUGGAAAAUUCGCCCUGACCGGCGGUUAUUGGAACUCUGUCUCAGCUGAAGCCAAGGACCUGGUGUCCAAGAUGCUACACGUGGACCCUCACCAGAGACUGACUGCUGCCCAAGUCCUCAGACACCCAUGGAUCAUCCACAAGGACCAGCUUCCAAAGUUUCAGCUUAACAGACAGGAAGCUCCCCACUUGGUCAAGGGCGCGAUGGCGGCCACGUACUCGGCACUGAAUAGGAACGUCUCUCCGAUACUGGAACCCGUGGGCUGCUCCACGCUCGCUCAGCGCAGGGGCAUGAAAAAGCUGACCUCCACCGCCCUGUGACCCUUGACCUCACGCUGCUGGAACAUUCCCCCUGACAUGAACAUGUCGGCGUGGGGCCAGGGCAUGCCCCAGGAGCUGCACAUGGAACCCCCCCAUAGGCUCCUUCCCUGCUUUAGCGGGGGCCUAAACACCAAAUAGAUGCACAGGAAUUCGAGAAAUGCAAUUUCCCUCUAGCUGAGAGAAUUGACAAAAUUGUUGCAUGUACAAUCAUUGCUGCCUCCAGUC